CUGCUGCAUGAGGGUGGCUUCUCAAAGCAUAAAUAGGCCGUGUAGACCCCCAAAUACAUUCUUCCUCAGAACACUGAAUCAACAACCAGCUAAACACUCAUUUGAAUUCCAAUUCAACCAUCUAGUCAGUUCAACAUGCCGCCUCAGAACCUUGCUCUUCCUCCCGACUCCUUGAUUCUGGUCACCGGAGCCAAUAGUUAUAUUGGUUCACACGUCGUCAACAGUCUCCUUGAAUUUGGAUAUCGUGUUCGAGGAACCACCCGCGAGCCCAAGCCCUGGUUGAGCGAAUACUUCAGCAACAAGUACGAUGCGGGCAAGUAUGAGGGGGUCAUUGUUCCUCGACUUGAUGCUGCCGAUGCUCUCAAGAAAUGCAUCAAGGGUGUCGAUGGAGUCGUCCACGUGGCAUCAGAUAUGUCCUUUAGCCCCGACCCAACCGUCGUCAUUCCAAAGAUGAUUAAUACCAUGGAGAAUAUUAUGAGCACUGUGGCUCAGGAAGACACCGUCAAACGCUUUGUUCUGACAUCGUCGUCUGGUGCUGUACUUACCGCACAACCUGAUGUGGAGAUUGUAGUAUACGAAGAUACGUGGAAUGACUUUACUGUCCGAGCUGCAUGGGACAAGGAUUCCCCUGAAGAGCUCAGAGGUGGCCACGUCUACCGCGCGUCCAAAGUCGAAGUGGAACGCGCGGCAUGGAAGUUUGUUGAAGAGAAGAAACCAAAAUUCGUCUUCAACGCUGUCCUUCCUAAUGUCAAUUUUGGGCGUAUCUUGCACCCGCAGAUCCAUGGAUCGUCUAUGGGAUACACCAGAAAUGUGCUGAAAGGUGACUCAUCCAUCAUGAGCUUGCUACCCGCACAAUGGUUCAUCGACGUCGAAGACACUGCCAAGCUGCACGUCAUCGCUCUGCUGGAUCCAGAGGUACAAUUCGAGCGUAUCUUCGGAUUCGCUGAGUUAUAUUAUUGGAAAGACGUUCUUGCAGUUAUACGUAAAUUGCGUCCAGCGGAUUGCGGUCAGCUUGUUAGUCCUCCAGAGUAUGAGGGUCGGGAUCUCAGCAAGGUUAUCCCAAGAAAGAGAGCGGAGGAGCUGCUACAAAGGUUUUAUGGGAAGGGCUGGACCACGCUUGAGGAUAGCAUUGCCGCGGGGUUUGAGGGGUUCGAAAUCUGA